CUGCACACAGAGGGAUUAGAACUCCGACAGAAAUAAUGCAUUAACCUGUAGUAAUUCAAAGAUAAGAGAGCAAAAUAUUCUGCCAUCAGAAUGUUGGCUGAAGCUUUUAUCAGUACAGUUAUGUAUCAUGAAACAAUUCUGAAAAUAAGCCAGCAGAAAGAAUCAAAAAAAGGACAAGAGUAUAAUGGGUCCCAGGCUGGUCGCUUUGAAAAUUCAUAUGGGAGUCUAUCAGAAAAAAGAACUCCGAAAGUGUUCAAGGCAAGUGGAGAGGUGUUGAACUUUAUACAAGCCAAUCAUAAUGUCAAGUCUGCUGAACAGCUUUCCCCACAGCUGAUUGGUGACCUUGCAGGUGAUACUUCACCAGCAAUGAGUAUUCCGGUGUCUUAUUAUAAAAGUUCAAAGCAGCUGGACUUAUAUACUUCAUGGUCAAGCAUGUAUGAAAGCAUUUAUAAGAACUACCCUGAUCUGCACAUUGGAGGAGACCAUUUCCUCAACAAAAUGGAUUCAGGUUGUAUCUUGGACCUUGACACUGAAUUACCAGAUGGCCCUGUUUUGCUUUCUGAAGAUAUAGCCUCUGGUUCUACAAAUUCCCUUGAGGUUUUGAAUAAGAAAUCUAUACUAAGUAUAGUACAUAAUGAAGAAAAUAAAGAAAAGAGCAUCACUCUACAAAGUGCUCCAUUUUCUAACUCACUUCUCAAUGGCUAUAUGGAGAGCAAGAUACAGGAGCUCUGCAAACAAUUUCUUGAAGAAAAUACAAUGACUGAUGGUUCUCUAUAUACUUUAAUGUUUUCUGGAUUUUUAAUGAACAAUGUCAAUCAAAUCAGUGAGCAGAUUUCACGGGAACAAAACUUGGACCAUGCUAUGGCAAGAGAAGCUCUUCUGCAGUGUUUGAGAAGUUCUAGUAAGAUCAGCUCAGAGUUUGCCACUCCUGUUCUACAUAUCUCCACUUUAGAUGGCAAAAAGAACGCAGAUACAUUGUCGACAACAAAGUCUAGUUACUGUAAAUGCCCAUGAAUAGAAUAACAGAAUGAGAGAACCAUGGAAAAUAAAGUGUUUACCAUAAAUUGGAAAUUAUACUCAUUAAGACAUCCUGAAGUAUUAAUUCAAACUUGAAAAUAAUUAGUGUGACAUGCUAAUCUGUAAUGAUUUCAGGAGAGUGAAAAUCUAAAAUGCCAAAUUACAUGUAUAAAAGUGUAAAAUAAAAAGUUUUAGAUCUAUGUAUAAUAAAUACUCUAUACAUCAUAUACAUUAAGUACAUCAAUUCCUCUUUAAAUAUAUGAUAAUGCCGUUACUAGUAGUGAUGGACGGAUACAUUUGGCAAGCAUGGAUUAGCUGCGAAUUUCCGCGUUUUACCGCCCGCUAAUGUUUUUGUUGACAAUUCACUGGUGAAAAAGUUUCGCAAAUUUUUUCGCCAUUUUGCCGGUGAAUUUCUCAGCACAGAUUCACCCAUCAGAAGUUACUGGGUGCUAAAGCUUUAUUGACAUAAGAACAGUGAAAGAUCCGGGAGAAAGGUAAAACAGAGAUUCAUCCUAGGUACAGACACCAUUAUCAAAUGCAGAUUAUGGGCCAAGAAAGAUUAGAAUGGAGAAGUGACCUUUAACCCAUUUUAACCCUGCUCAAGGCACACGUUUGUUAUAAUACUAUUAAAGACAUUUAUUUUACAUAUUCAUGCACAGAUUAUGUGAACCUUUCUGUUACUCAAUUUAUCAUAGUUCUGAAAAUGUAAAUACUAAUCUUUCGUGCCACCAUAACCUACCUCUUAUUAUUUCAUAUAACUUCAGCGUUACCCAUGACUCCAUGUCAUUUCUGACACUACAAAAUUCAUAUUUUAUUCUCCACAACUUCUUCAAUUGGUAAAGAGCUUGCUAAGCCAAUAAUUGGAGAGAGCAACGAUGAUGUGGAAAAUCUUGACAGAAUCAUGAUCAUUGCAAAAUGUUCUUCCAUUUAAUUAAAAAACACUUUUAUUAGAUCUAUUAAAAACUAUUAGAUCUAUUAAAAAUUUUGUAACGGAAUGAAAGCAAGAAAAUGGAGCAUUAUAUGACUAGCUUAACACUAUGGGGCUGAUUCACUAAGGGUCGAAUAUCGAGGGUUAAUUAACCCUCGAUAUUCGACUGGGAAUUGAAAUCCUUCGACUUCGACUUUGAUUUAGCGCAGAUAGUACGAUCGAACGAUCGAAGGAUUAUUCCUUCGAUCUAACAAUAAAAUCCUUCUAAUCGAACGAUUCGAAGGAUUUAAAUCCAACGAUCGAAGGAAUAUCCUUCGAUCAAAAAAAGUUAGCCAAGCCUAUGGGGACCUUCCCCAUAGGCUAACAUUGACUUUGGUAGCUUUUAGAUGGCAAAUUAGGAGGUCGAAGUUUUUUUUAAAGAGACAGCACCUCGACUAUCGAAUGGUCGAAUAGUCGAACUAUUUUUACUUCGAAUCCUUCGAUAGUCGUAGUCGAAGGUCGAAGUAGCCCAUUCGAUGGUCGAAGUAGCCCAAAAAAACUUCGAAAGUUAGUGAAUCGGCCCCUAUAUGUGGUUAACUAACACUUCAUCAGAAGAUGCAGUGCCCCCUCAAGGUGUCCUAUGUUUAGAACAACCCAUUUAAAGGUGAAUUUAUACCUACCCACGAUUAAAACCAGGAAUAUACAAGCAAUAAAACAAAUCAACUUUUAGAGAACUCCAAAUCUAAACCUAUAUGGACACGUAUUUCUCAUUAAAUAGGUACAUAUUGAGAUUAAUAGCAACAUUUAAGGUAUUAAUGUUAUACUUGCCCUUUAUAUAAUUUUGUUAUAUUUUUAAAUAUGUUUUUACAAAACUGUCCCUAAGACGCCUAGCCCAGUUAUAAAUUCAUCUUCCAACACUCCAUCAUUGAGUUGGUGGUGAGUGAUUCCUUGAUCAACUGAUUUGGUCUUCACUGGCACACUAGUCUUUAAAAAGAGAUCAAUGUUCCAGUCCAGAAUGCUUGAUGAAAGUGGUUCUCUCUCCACAAUGUAACAGGUAGAAAUGUUAGACUUUUCUUAAUGAAAUAUAAAACCUGAUCUCCCCAACCAGGCUGCACUGCAGUUGCCAAUACUGGUCUUUGACCUGUCUCACCAUGCUAUAGCAGCUGUCUCUACUCUAAACUCUCUAUAGCAAUAUAAUUUCAGUUAAGAUAUAUUCUAGUCUAUUAGUAUUAGCUCCUUACAUUUUAUCCAAAGUAGAGCUUAUCAGAUACAAUCUUUCUAUUGACUUUGGGACUUAUCUUUACUUUCACUGCCUCUGGCAUAACAGCAGGGGUCUAUUUUGCCUGUCCUUCUGGUUCCUUGGUUAUUUCUGGUUCCUUGGUUCCUGGAUGUCUUCCAGGCUUGUAACAGUUUCAUAACUACAGGGACUUUCUAUGUUAGUUUUGGCAGUGGAUUUGGUGUAAGGAUCACAGAGGUUAGUACUCACCAAGUUAUGGCUGCAUCUUUAAUUUGAGUCGGGUCAUGGGGUAGCUGCUGGGUGCUGCAACUCAACUGGGACAGGAGAAAAAGGUGCACAGUUUCAGCUGUUCAUGAUGGAGAUGCUUAGAUGUGUUUCCAACUCCACCAGAUAAACAUGCACAUUAACAUGGGUCAAAGCCACAGUUACAUAGCUCUGAAUGCAGAAACAGAUUUGUCCCUCUUUUAGUGUUGCAUGCCAACACCCUAUCUCCAGGAUAUAAAUCUUGAAAUAUUACACAGAUCCUGCAAAGAUAAACCAAGAGAAAUCCUGAGCCUGAUGGUUAAUAAUUCUGUCCAAUGCUCUGCACUACAGUUCCCUUCAGAGUCUGGAAGAUCACAUCCACAUGCUGGUGAUUUUUACCUAAAUUAUAAUGUAUGGUGUAGUCAAAGAGAUACUCAUCUUUAUCCUGGGUUCCCAGUUUGGUGGAAUUUAGAUAAGACAAGUUAUUAUUGUCAUUCAAUGUCUGAAGAUUUACAACAAAGUAUUUAAGACAAUUGGCACAGGUACAAUCACAUGGAGGGUGCUCCACACCCACUAAUUACAUGUAGUUGAAUAAUAGAAUAGUGGUUGUAUUGUUGGGCACACUAAUACCAACACAAUCUAGUAAAUAAACAAGUUUGGAAUCUUUUUAUUCUGUCCCUUAUAUGUCAAUACUCUAAACAGCAUUAUAAACAUUGUGUAAAAUAUAGAUGUGAUAAAGUUUAAAAUACAAGGGGUGUCCCCUUAAUAAAAUGUACCAUCCAUGUAAUCAGCAUUUAGAUUACCCUGUAUAACAAAACUUCUUAACACAC